CUUAAUCACUGGAUUCAGAUCCUAUCUAUAUAUAUAAAAGAAGAGAGCUGGAUCUCAGAGCUCGAGAGAGAGAGAGAACCGAUAAGCACUCUCAAGUUAAGGCUCCCCUUAACAGCAUGGCUUACCCACCGGCACCCUCUGCCUUCGCCUCCGCGCCGCCCAACACGAUCGCCGUAAUCGGCCCCCAAUACUGUGCUCCGUACCCGGUGGAUCUAAGCGUUGUGGAGAAAGUGAUGUCCAUCUCCGACGGCAACUUUGUGGUCGCAGACAUGCAAGGCAACGUCGUCUUCAAGGUUAAAGGCUCUCUCUUAACCCUCCGUGACCGCCGUGUCUUAAUCGACGCCGCCGGGAACCCCAUCGUAACUCUCCGCCGGAAGAUAAUGACGGCACAUGACAGAUGGCAAGCUUUCAGGGGGGAAAGCACAGAAGAAAAGGAUCUGAUCUUCCAACUCAAGAGGUCGUCCUUAAUCCAAUUUAAGACCAAAUUAGAUGUGUUCUUAGCAAAUAACACCAAGGAAGAAGUCUGCGACUUCAAGAUCAAAGGUAGUUGGCUCGAACGUUCUUGCAUUGUUUACGCCGGUGAAUCUGACACCAUCGUCGCCCAGAUGCAUAAGAAACACACAGUUCAGAGCGUAUUAAUAGGGAAAGACAAUUUCAUGGUAACUGUAUACCCCAACGUCGAUUAUGCAUUCAUAGUGGCUCUCAUUGUGAUUCUCGACGAAAUUAACGAAGACGGCAAAGAAGGCUAGAGACUUGCGGCAGUGUUUGAUGCUCUAUGUACCUUGGGCACUAUUUAUAAUAACAAAUAAUAAUUAAACUAUCACUUGUCGUAAUUUACAAAUGUACCCUUGUUGUUAUGGGUAAGGAGGUAAUAAUUGCUUUUAGCAGCUGGUUGCCCCUCACUGCUGCCACUGAGUAUAUAAGAUCUGCGUGCCUUUAUGGAUGUUUAUAAAUCUUAAAACUCUUUUCUUUUUUUUUUGGUUUUUCCUAUUCUGGUGAGAUAUGUCAUGUUGUAAUAAUAAAUAUCUGGGGCUGUUUUCUAUGCUUGUAAGCGUUGUAUUUCUCCCUCCU